GGCAAUUGCUGGCGCAAGUCUGUGGGAAGAGCGAGCGGCCGGGAUCUCCAUCGCGGCUACUGUCAGUGAUUAAACGUGGCACGGUGCGGCCAAUACGGCGUAUCAUGGCGCAGUGGAGACAGGACACGAUAUUAAAGUUGAUCGGUGCAUAUCGCGCGAGGCGGCUGCUCUGGGAUCACAAUGCGCCGGACUAUACUGAUCGUAGCAAGAGAAUCUACGCGUGGAAGGAAAUCGCCGACGAGCUCGGAUACGACGUGAUGACAGUGGAGAGGAAACUGAAGAGCCUGAAGACUCACUUCAUGUCGGUCCACAAAGCGUACGCGAAACGCAGGCUCAAAGCUGAUUCAAAUCCUGGCAGUGUCAUCAAGCCCAAGUGGUUUGCUUACGAGGCCUUGACUUUCCUGAAUAAAGGGCGCCUGCUGCGAAUCAAUCGCGAGACGCCGAACAUGGAAAAGCAGAAUCCCGCGCCCAUCUCUAAUUGGAAGCAGCAGGAGAUUCCGUCAAGCCGUGACGAAUUUACGGUUUUUGCCGAGCACGUCGCCAUUCGGCUGAAGAAUAUAGUGGACGUGCGUGCAAGACUCGUCGCACAGCAUCAGAUAAACAAUAUUCUGUUUGAGGCCGAGAUGGGAAAGUAUAACAUGCAGUCCUCCUUCGUUUCGGACAAUCCACAGAUUAUGGAACAUUUGGACGAGCCCUCGACGUCGAACGAGGAGAAAGUGAUGAUAAAUAAUAUUCCCCAUGCAAUCUAAUUGGACCUUUUCCUCCGCGAGUGCGAUCGUUAUAUCUCAGAAUUUUCGCGA